UGGCUAUAAAUUUUCAAGUUCUGCUAUAAAUUUUAACCAAUCAUCUUAAUCAUGUCCGAUGGUAGCCACAUAAAACGAUCUUUAAGUUUAAAACAAUUUAGUCAUGAGUCAAGAGUUAGAGAAGGUUCGAAAACAAAUGCCAGAAGAUCAAUGAAAAACGAAGUUCGUUACAACAAUCUAUCUCGACAAAUACGAGCCAAUCUAAAACAAACAAAUUCACCGAUCAAACAAUCCACCGAUAGCCGAGAUGAUGGAAGACAUUCUUCUCAAAUGACGAAAUAUGUAUCAAUAUCAAAUGAAUCGUUUCAAUCAGCAAAAACUGUCAACACUCCUAAAAUUAUUUUCGAAAUAGAUCCGAAAACACAAGCAGUACUUGAUCGUAAAAAUUAUAGAUUGUUAGAAAAACUAAGUCAGGGCUCAUUUGGUGAAGUGUACAAAGGUGAAUUCAAAAUUGAUCAUCGUUUAGUGGCAAUAAAAAUUUUGGAAAUAAGUAAGAUGUCGAUGAAAUUUCGAGAACGAUAUGUUGCACGAGAAUUAAAAGCAUUGAUUGAUUGUCGUCAUCCUAAUGUAGUACAAAUUUAUGAUAUAAUCCGUUCAAAUAAUCGCUUAUUCAUUUUUAUGGAAUAUUGUAGUAAUGGAACACUCACUAUGUUUUUAAAAAGAUUCGGUUCUUGUCCCGAAACAUUAGCACGUAUAUGGUUUCGACAAUUAGUCGAUGCUAUUCUUUAUAUUCACUACGAUUUAAAAAUAGCUCAUAGGGAUAUUAAAUUCGAUAACAUUUUGCUUGAUGACAAGUUCAAUUGUAAAUUGACUGAUUUUGGUUUUGCUAAAGAAUUGGUAUUGGAUGAAAACAGUAAGCAAAUAGAGUUAACGGCCACUAUAUGCGGUACCGAACCAUUUAUGUGUCCACAAUUGAUUCAACGAAAACCAUAUAAUCCAAUGAAAUCGGAUAUCUGGGCAAUGGGGGUAUUAUUAUUUGGUCUUCUCAACGGAAAAUUACCUUUCACUUGGACAGAUUCAAGUUUAAUGAUUAAAGAACAAACUAGAUAUCCUAAUUUUAUUCGAUCGGCAUCAAAAAAUAACAUUUCUGAAGAAGCCAAUGAUUUGAUUAUAAAAAUUCUUGAUCCAGAUGAAAAAACACGAAUUACGAUACGUGAAAUUGCCGAACAUUCGUGGCUAAAAACAAAACCAUGUGGUGAAUUUCGAUCGCCCGGUGUAUUGAUCAGCACGAUGUAUCCAGUUGUAUAGAGAGUUUAAUAAAACCUUCUUGAAAUUAUUUCUUCAAUAAUAAUAAUAAAAAAUAUAUAAUCAUGUAUCAA